AUGGCAACCCCAAGCUCUCUUCUCCUGCCCAUCCCCGCACCUCUCACCUCAGAUGAAGAGUGCAGUGAAGAAGAUGACGAUUUGACUGAGCUCAAUGGUUCCUUUGGCUUACUCAAUAUGAACAACUGCAACAACAAUGAAGAGGAGAAAAAGAAAAAGAAAAAAAAGGACAAAAAAGAAAAGAAAGAAAAGAAGGAACGAGAGAAAAAAGAGCAAGAGGAAAGAGAAGCCAAAGAAAAGGAGCUAAAAGAAAAGGAGGAGAAGGAGAAGAAAGAGAAAGAAAAGGAGAAAGAAAUGCCAAAGGAACUCUUCGUGAUAAACCCAGCAGGAAAUCUCUAUUACAACUGGCUUUUCAUUAUCACACUUCCAGUCAUGUACAACUGGACCAUGAUCAUAGCAAGGGCCUGCUUUGAGGAGUUACAACACAACUACAUCCUUUACUGGGUUCUACUGGACUACUCCUCAGACCUCAUCUACCUGGCUGACAUGUUCUUCAGGACCAGAACAGGUUAUCUUGAGCAAGGCCUUCUAGUGAAAAACGAGCAGCUGCUCAAAGAUCGCUACUUCUCCAGUUUCCAGUUCCGCCUGGACGUGAUCUCCAUGCUCCCAACUGACAUCUUGUAUCUGUACUACGGAAUAGACUACCCAGAAAUCCGCAUCAACAAACUGCUACGAAUAGGCCGCAUGAUGGAGUUCUUCACCAAGACUGAAACAAAAACCAACUAUCCAAACAUCUUUCGCAUUGCUAACCUCAUCAUGUACAUACUUAUUAUUAUCCACUGGAACGCCUGCCUCUACUUCUCCUUCUCCAAGUCCAUAGGGUUUGGGGCGGAUGACUGGGUGUAUCCUGCUUUGGACAAUCCUGAAGAGCCAGAGUUUGGUCAGCCAAUGAGGAAGUAUGCAUUUAGUUUAUACUGGUCCACACUGACUCUUACAACCAUUGGUGAAACUCCACCGCCAGCCCUGGACUCUGAGUUCCUCUUUCACGUGGUGGACUUCCUGGUUGGUGUCCUCAUCUUUGCCACGAUAGUAGGAAACAUUGCCACGAUGAUCUCCAAUAUGAAUGCAGCCCAAGCCCAGUUUCAGUCCAGGAUAGACAACAUCAAGCACUACAUGCAGGUACGAAAGGUGAGCAAAGAACUGGAGGAGCGUGUCAUAAAAUGGUUCGACUAUUUGUGGAACAACGGUAAAGCCCAGGACGAGCGAGAAGUCCUGAGGUACCUCCCUGACAAACUGAGAGCCGAGAUCGCCAUCCAGGUUCACAUGGACACUCUGAAGAAAGUUCGCAUAUUUGCAGACUGUGAGGCAGGUCUACUCAUUGAACUUGUACUAAAACUGCGCCCCCAGGUGUUCAGCCCGGGCGACUACAUCUGCAAGAAGGGCGACAUCGGACGUGAGAUGUACAUCAUAAAAGACGGGAAACUGGCUGUAGUCGCUGAUGAUGGUGUGACUCAGUUUGUUGUAUUGGGCAGUGGUAGCUACUUUGGUGAAAUCAGUAUCCUCAAUAUUAAAGGAAGCAAAGCAGGAAAUAGAAGAACAGCUAAUAUUCGGAGUAUUGGGUAUUCCGAUCUUUUUUGCUUAUCCAAAGAUGACCUGAUGGAGUCCUUGACAGAGUAUCCGGACGCCAAGGCUAUGCUGGAGGAAAAGGGGCGGCAGAUUCUCUUGAAAGACGGUCUCAUUGAUUUGGACCCUGCAAAUAUCAAGCCAGAAGUUAAAGAGCUUGAGGAGAAAGUUAAUAAGCUGUACGGUACAAUGGAGCUGAUGCAGAUCAAGAUCAAAAAGAUACUGGUGAAUUACGAGUCCACUGAGACAGCUCUUAAACAUCGGCUCUCAGACUUGGAGAGAAUGACAGGAGAGCCAGUGGAGGAUGACGAGGAGGAAGAAGAGGGUAAAACGGUUGAGGAGAUGAAGGUAGAGGAGGCAAAGGAUGCAAAGGAGACAGGGAAGGAGGCCAAACAGGAAGAUGAAAAGUAA